UAAUAAUAAGGUUGAAAUUACCUUUAAGAACUUAAUGGUCAGUAUUGGAUUAUAUUUUUAUAUUAAAACAUCGCCUGUUUUAUUUAAAUUAUUGUGGUCAAUCGUGUUCUUCUCAAAAGUUGAUAGAAAUUAAUGAGAAUUUAUUUUUAUUGAAAUUAAAUUUUCUAUUUUAGCCUACAUCUAUAAGGUUCUUUAUCAGAUUAGAAUUAUUCAAUGCACCGAGAAAACGAACACAAAUCAAAUAUAUAAUCUAAAAAUUAAAUGUGUCCUAUGAACCACUAAAUUCUUUAGUUGACAACUGAUAAUAGUUUUACAACUGUAUAAAACACUUACAUAUGGCAUUUUUCUAGAUCUCAUCAAACCAGGCUGUACCAAAUAGUCGGCCAAAGUUACUUCAUGUUAAAAAAAGAAGACAUUAGUAUGUACCUUUAUUAAACAGCAUUUUAUGCUAGUGAAGUAUGUAAGAUGGAAAUCUACCUUCCUUACUAAAAGCUUUGAAAUUUACUAGCAUAAACGUUCUUAACAGCUUAACAGUUUUAAAGCUGUUAGAUAUCUCCAAGAAACAUCGGAAUUUGAUCCAAAUGUGUACAGUGAAUACUUGCAUAUAGAACGUUUCACUUAAAUUAAAUAAUUUGAGGUCAAAUGUGUACAGUGAAGACUUGCAUAUCGAACUUUUCAUUUUAAUGAAAUAAUUUGAUGUCAAAUGUGUACAGUGAAGACUUGCAUAUCGAACUUUUCACUUUAAUGAAAUAAUUUGAUGUCAAAUUUGUACAGUGAAGACUUGCAUAUCGAACUUUUCACGUUAAUGAAAUAAUUUGAUGUCAAAUGUGUACAGUGAAGACUUGCACAUUGAACGUUCCACUUUAAUGAAAUAAUUGGUUAUCGAAAACUUUUUGCCAACACAUUUUGUCUGGAUUAAUGAAUGACACUUCGAAUACGAGCAUACGCAUCCGUCGUUCAAGAAAUCAAUUACAGUAAUGAGAUAUGUGUGGUAGCAAUUGGAGCUUUUGUGUCGUAGUGAGACCUUGGUGCAGUAGUGAGAGCUUGGUGCAGUAGUGGGAGCUUGGGUGCAGUAGUGAGAGCUUGGGUGCAGUAGUUAAAGCUUUGGUGUCGUAGUCAGAGCUUUGGUGCCGUAGUCAGAGCUUUGGUGCCGUAGUCAGAGCUUUGGUGCCGUAGUCAGAGUUUUGGUGCCGUAGUCAGAGCUUUGGUGCAGUAAUAAGAUCUUUGGGUUAGCAUUGAGAAGUGUGAUGCAGUAGUGACAGCUUUGGUGCAGGAGUGACAGCUUUGGUGCCAUAGUGACAGCUUUGGAGCAGUAGUGAGGGCUUUGGUGCAGUAGUGACAGCUUUGGUGCAGUAGUGAGGGCUUUGGUGCAGUAGUGAGGGCUUUGGUGCAGUAGUGAGGGCUUUGGUGCAGUAGUGAGGGCUUUGGUGCAGUAGUGAGGGCUAUAGUGCAGUAGUGACAGCUUUGGUGCAGUAGAGACAGUUUCGGUGCAGUAGUGAGGGCGUUGGUGCAGUAGUGAGGGCUUUGGUGCAGUAGUGAGGGCUUUGGUGCAGUAGUGAGGGUUUUGGUGCAGUAGUGAGGGCUUUGGUGCAGUAGUGAGGGCUUUGGUUCAGUAGUGACAACUUUGGUGCAGUAGUGAGGGCUUUGGUGCAGUAGUGAAGGUUUUGUUGCAGUAGUGAGGGCUUUGGUGCAGUAGUGAGGGCUUUGGUGCAGUAGUGACAGCUUUGGUGCAGUAGUGAGGGCUUUGGUGCAGUAGUGACAGCUUUGGUGCAGUAGAGACAUCUUUGGUGCAGUAGUGAGGGCUUUGGUGCAGUAGUGACAUCUUUGGUGCAGUAGUGAGGGCUUUGGUGCAGUAGUGAUAUCUUUGGUGCAGUAGUGAGGGCUUUGGUGCAGUAGUGACAUCUUUGGUGCAGUAGUGACAGCUUUGUUGCAGUAGAGACAGCUUUGUUGCAGUAGUGAGAGCUUUGGUGCAGUAGUGAGAGCUUUGGUGCAGUAGUGAGGGUUUUGGUGCGGUAGUGAGGGCUUUGGUGCAGUAGUGAGGGUUUUGGUGCAGUAGUUAGGGCGUUGGUGCAGUAGUGAGGGCUUUGGUGCGCUAGUGAGGGCGUUGGUGCAGUAGUGAGAGCUUUGGUGCAGUAGUGAGGGCUUUGGUGCAGUAGUGAGGGCUUUGGUGCAGUAGUGAGGGCGUUGGUGCAGUAGUGAGGGCUUUGGUGCAGUAGUGAGAGCUUUGGUGCAGUAGUGAGAGCUUUGGUGCAGUAGUGAGGGUUUUGGUGUAGUAGUGAGGGUUUUGGUGCAGUAGUGAGGGUUUUGGUGCAGUAGUGAGGGCUUUGGUGCAGUAGUGAGGGCUUUGGUGCAGUAGUGAGAGCUUUGGUGCAGUAGUGAGAGCUUUGGUGCAGUAGUGAGAGCUUUGGUGCAGUAGUGAGGGUUUUGGUGCAGUAGUGACAGCUUUGGUGCAGUAGUGAGAGCUUUGGUGCAGUAGUGAGGGUUUUGGUGCAGUUGUGACAGCUUUGGUGCAGUAGUGAGGAUUUUUGAUGCAGUAGUGAGGGUUUUAGUGCAGUAGUGAGGGUUUUGGUGCAGUAGUGACAGCUUUGGUGCAGUAGUGAGAGCUUUGGUGCAGUAGUGAGGGCUUUGGUGCAGUAGUGAGGGCGUUGGUGCAGUAGUGAGAGCUUUGGUGCAGUAGUGAGGGUUUUGGUGCAGUAGUGAGGGCUUUGGUGCAGUAGUGACGGCUUUGGUGCAGUAGUGAGGGCUUUGGUGCAGUAGUGAGAGCUUUGGUGCAGUAGUGAGAGCUUUGGUGCAGUAGUGAGGGUUUUGUUGCAGUAGUGAGGGCUUUGGUGCAGUAGUGAGGGUUUUGGUGCAGUAGUGAGGGCUUUGGUGCAGUAGUGAGGGCUUUGUUGCAGUAGAGACAGCUUUGGUGCAGUAGUGACAGCUUUGGUGCAGUAGUGAGAGCUGUGGUGCAGUAGUGAGGGUUUUGGUGCAGUAGUGACAGCUUUGGUGCAGUAGUGAGAGCUUUGGUGCAGUAGUGAAGGUUUUGGUGCAGUUGUGACAGCUUUGGUGCAGUAGUGAGGGUUUUUGAUGCAGUAGUGAGGGUUUUAUUGCAGUAGUGAGGGUUUUGGUGCAGUAGUGACAGCUUUGGUGCAGUAGUGAGAGCUUUGGUGCAGUAGUGAGGGCUUUGGUGCAGUAAUGAGGGUUUUGGUGCAGUAGUGAGGGUUUUGGUGCAGUAGUGAGGGCUUUGGUGCAGUAGUGAGAGCUAUGGUGCAGUAGUGAGCGUUUUGGUGCAGUAGUGAGGGCUUUGGUGCAGUAGUGAGGGCUUUGGUGCUGUAGUGACAGCUUUGGUGCAGUAGUGAGAGCUUUGGUGCAGUAGUGAGGGUUUUGGUGCAGUAGUGACAGCUUUGGUGCAGUAGUGACAGCUUUGGUGCAGUAGUGAGGGCUUUGGUGCAGUAGUGAGGGCUUUGGUGCAGUAGUGAGGGCUUUGGUGCAGUAGUGACAGUUUUGGAGCAGUAGUGAGGGCUUUGGUGCAGUAGUGAGGGCUUUGUAGCAGUAGUGAGGGUUUUGUUGUAGUAGUGAGGGUUUUGGUGCAGUAGUGAGGGUUUUGGUGCAUUAGUGAGGGUUUUGGUGCUGUAGUGACAGCUUUGGUGCAGUAGUGAGAGCUUUGGUGCAGUUGUUAGGGUUUUGGUGCAGUAGUGACAGCUUUGGUGCAGUAGUGACAGUUUUGGUGCAGUAGUGAGGGUUUGUUGCAGUAGUGAGGGCUAUAGUGCAGUAGUGACAGUUUUGUUGCAGUAGAGACAACUUUGGUGCAGUAGUGAGGGCUAUAGUGCAGUAGUGACAGCUUUGUUGCAGUAGAGACAGCUUUGGUGCAGUAGUGAGGGCUUUGGUGCAGUAGUGAGGGCUUUGGUGCAGUAGUGAGGGCUUUGGUGCAGUAGUGAGAGCUUUGGUGCAGUAGUGAGGGCUUUGGUGCAGUAGUGAGAGCUUUGGUGCAGUAGUGAGGGCUUUGGUGCAGUAGUGACAGCUUUGGUGCAGUAGUGACAGCUUUGUUGCAGUAGAGACAGCUUUGUUGCAGUAGUGAGAGCUUUGGUGCAGUAGUGAGAGCUUUGGUGCAGUAGUGAGGGUUUUGGUGCAGUAGUGAGGGCUUUGGUGCAGUAGUGAGGGUUUUGGUGCAGUAGUGAGGGCUUUGGUGCAGUAGUGAGGGCUUUGGUGCAGUAGUGAGGGCGUUGGUGCAGUAGUGAGGGCUUUGGUGCAGUAGUGAGGGCUUUGGUGCAGUAGUGAGGGCUUUGGUGCAGUAGUGAGGGCUUUGGUGCAGUAGUGAGGGCUUUGGUGCAGUAGUGAGAGCUUUGGUGCAGUAGUGAGGGCUUUGGUGCAGUAGUGAGGGCUUUGGUGCAGUAGUGAGGGCUUUGGUGCAGUAGUGAGGGCUUUGGUGCAGUAGUGAGGGCUUUGGUGCAGUAGUGAGAGGUAUGGUUCAGUAGUGAGGGCUUUGGUGCUGUAGUGAGGGCUUUGGUGCAGUAGUGAGGGCUUUUGUGCAGUAGUGAGGGCUUUGUUGCCAUAGUGACAUUUUUGGUGCAGUAGUGAGGGCUUUCGUGGAGUAGUGAGGGCUUUGGUGCAGUAGUGAGGGCUUUUGUGCAGUAGUGAGGGCUUUGGUGCAGUAGUGAGGGCUUUGGUGCAGUAGUGAGGGCUUUGGUGCAGUAGUGAGGGCUUUGGUGCAGUAGUGAGAGCUUUGGUGCAGUAGUGAGGGCUUUGGUGCAGUAGUGAGGGCUUUGGUGCAGUAGUGAGGGCUUUGGUGCAGUAGUGAGGGCUUUGGUGCAGUAGUGAGGGCUUUGGUGCAGUAGUGAGGGCUUUGGUGCAGUAGUGAGGGCUUUGGUGCAGUAGUGAGGGCUGUGGUGCAGUAGUCAGAGCUUUUGUGCUGUAAUAAGAGCUUUGGGGUAGCAUUGAGACUUUCGGUGAAGUAGUGCGAGAUUUGUUACUUUUGUAGAAACUUCAUCGGUCCAUGAGUCUUGAAAAAAAACAAUACAUUUUUUCUUACACUUUUUUCCGUUAUACGCCUAUUGACAACAUUGUAGUAUUUGAAGAGAAAUGUGUUAUUUUAGACAAUGUUAUGGUACCUAAACUGAAAUUAAUAGAAAUUCUGAUAGUGUUGAAGUAAAGAAACAAAUUAUAUCAAAACUACGUAUAGGCUUUAAGUUUUAUAACCUAUAGGUUGUAAUGGUAAUAAAAAAUAUGUUUCAAAUGUUAUAAGUUAUAAACCAUAUGUUUCUAAUGUUAUAAUCAAUAGGAUUCAAGUUUUAUAACCGAUAGAUGUCAAGUUGUAUAAUCUAUAGAUUUCAAGUGUUAUAACCUAUAGGUUUCAAGUGAUAUAAUAUCAAGGUUUUGAGUGUUAUAACUUAUAGGUUGUAUGUGUUAUAAUCUUUAGUUUUUAAUUUGUAACAUUUUAUUUCAUACAUUUCCUUUCUUUUUAAUUUACAGACUCAGGGGUAUGAGAUAAGAUGCGAAGUCUUAGUGCAUGAAAGGUAAUGUAUAUUAGGAAUAGUAUUUAGACGUUUCGAUUAUUAUAUAAUAGGAGUAUUUAGACAUUAUGACUAAUGACUGUUAGGAAGAGUAUUUAUACAUUAUAAUUUAUAUAUGUUAGGAAGAGUUUUUAGAAAUUAUGACAAAAAUAUGCUAGGAAUAGUAUUUAGAAAGUAUGAAUUAUAUAUUUUAGGAAUGUCAUUUAGACACUAGGACUUAUACAUAUAUAUUAAAAGCCUAUUUAUAUAUUAUGACUAAUAUAUAGAUAAGAAGAAGUUUUCUAGCUAUUAUGACUAGAAUAUAGUAGGAAUAGUAACCAACUUACCAAUGAGAUAGAAGUAUAGAAUAUAUCUUGACCCGCUUUUAGGUUUUACAAAAAAAUAUAUAUGCACGUGAUGCGAUCCUAAAAAAACGAACCAAUGUUAACUAAGCUCAAUGUAGCCUAGGAAGCUGAUUGGCUUAGUAAUACAAUAUGCACGUGACCUAAUGGCCACCUCUAAUAAUUGUUUAUGCCAAAAGUAAAACUUAAUCACUAGUUGAUAUCGCCAAAAAAAUGUUUUACCUGAUAUUUGAACACAUUUAGCCACGUUUCAAAAUAACUUUAGACUAAUACAAGUUAGUAAUGACUUUUCAUACAACUUUAGUACAUUGUGCUAAAUACUAUUUACACAACUUUAGUACAUGGUGCUAAAUACUAUUUAUACAUCUUUAGUGCAGGGUGCUAAAUUGAUAAUAGAACCCUCUCAAUCCCAAGAACCAAAACUAAGACAAUCGGUGAACCCUCCUUCUACUUCCAUGGGCCCACGUUCUGGAACCUGCUCCCUUCCAUAUCCGUCAUUGUGAGACCUCAUCCACUUUUAAAAAGUCCCUUAAAACCCAUCUGUUUAGGUCCGCCUAUGACCUGUGAUGCACCCGCCUUGCCCUGCCUCAUGUUCUGUCUCGGGUUGAUCCUGUAGUAUAGGCCAAAACGUGCCAAAGUUAACUCGUUUUAUAGCCAUUUUCAUUGUUUCUAUAGUAUAGUAGUUACUAUCCUAGUGUCUCAUUUUUAUUUUACUUAGUUUACAUGUUUUUAAUAAUUGUACAGCGCUUAGAGCUUUAAGGUAAGCGCUUUAUAAAAAAAAAUGCCUAAAUAAAAUACUAUUUACACAACUUUAGUAGAAGUUGUUAAAUACUAAUUUUACAACUUUAGAACUGGGUGCUAAAUAAUAUUUACUCAACUUUAGUACAUGAUGUUAAAUAUUAUUUACACAACUUGAGUACAGGGUUAUAGCACUAUUUACACACUUGUAUUACAGGAUGUUAAAUACAAUUUAAACAAAUUUAGUAGAGGAUGUUAAAUACUAUUUAGUUCUGUCCUUUGGGGUUUGCUGGGAUAAACCAACAACUUCAACCUCGUGGUCAGCAUAACCCGACAACUUUUAACAGGAAUCUAAAUCUAUGCCUUUCACCAAUGGCGAUAUGUCAGCACCAUCCACGCUAUCCAUUUCAAUGUCAACUGACGGACCAAUUAACAAUUCACUGUCAUCCUUAUUACUGGCAGUAUGACAGCACAGUCCAUACUAUCCAUUUUAAAGUCAACUGAUGGACCAAUUAAAAACUCACUGUCAUACUUAUUACUGGCGGUAUGACAGCAAAGUCCACGCUAUCCAUUUUAACGUCAACUGAUGGACCAAUUAACAACUCACUGUCAUACUUAUUACUGGCGGUAUGACAGCAAAGUCCACGCUAUCCAUUUUAACGUCAACUGAUGGACCCAUUAACAACUGACUGUCAUACUUAUUAAUGGCGGUAUGACAGCACUGUUCACGCUAUCCAUUUUAACGUCAACUGAAGGACCAAUUAAUAACUCACUGUAAUACUUAUUAAAACACAUUGAGUCAUCAGCAGGGGCAAUAAUAUAAUUUUGCUCCUCAGUAUCUUUAGCCAUGAACUGAGGUUGUGAGGCCAACUCAAGCUCGUGGUUAGAGUCAUGAGUGCGUCUAGCAUUGCAGUUCUUAUCCCAUAUUCGUCAAUAUUUUUUUUUUCACUUUCAUUAAUACAAAACUCAUUAAAUUACUCAUAGGGGUUCUCACAGGAAAUGAUGGCAAAGCCAUCUAUUUCUUUCUCCCAGCUCUCGUCAUCUUCACCAUCGUUAUAAUAAUAUGCCUGUCUCUUUAAAAUUUCCCGUCGUUCUGCCUCUAUUGCAGCCAAUCUAAUUUUGUAUCAAGUUUAUCUAGUCAUAUUGUCACUGACUCUGCUUAUCUCCAGCUGUACGUCUUUCGUCCUUUUUUAUGUCUAUACGUUCUUCUUAUCUAGCUCUAAGUUCUUCCUUCUUCUCUUCCCUUACGUGUUCUUCAAACUUCACUCUUUUAUACUCCUAGUUUCUCUCCCGUAUAAGAGAUUAAUUCCCCCGUUUUCCUAAUAGAUGCGAUUUUUUCCUCUGUGCUCAUUUUUUUGUUUUGCUUCUAGUUUUUAUUAAUUGAUAUGAUUAGCUUAAACGCCACCAGCAGAACCUCAUCACACAGAUGAGGUCAGAAUACUGCCCAACGAGGAGCUAUCUGAGUAGAUUAAACCCCCUGCGGGACCCGAGCUGCCGUGAUUGUGGACAGGCGCCGGAGACAGUAGAGUACCUUCUAGCCGGGUGCCCAACAUUAGCGACUGGUGUGACUGGGGUGCUCCCAGCCAUCCACGUCAAGAGCCUGUUGUCAGGGACUGCCCAGCAGAUGAGGCAGGGCUGUUCUAUACUUGCAGGGGCAAUUAAAGCGCAAUAGCUCGGUCCCUUACGGUGAAUGAAAUAUUUCAGCUUGGACCAACCGCGGUAUCUUCAAAUACAUUCUUGGUAUAAUUUAAAUUUUUAACAAGGUUAAAUUAAUCAAAUACACAUAAAACUAUAUAAACAAACAUACAAAUUUAAUAACUUGUCUGGGUUGUGAAAUGUCCUUCCUGAAGUUAAAUAAAUAUUAAUUUAAAAAAAAAACACACACAGCGCAUACGUUAUAGUUCCACACAAGAGGUUCUUGCAUCAAUUGGCAAUGGUCACACUAGAACAAUAAUUGUUAAAUGACCCUGGCAUUGCACGAAAUACAGUCAUUACUUUGUAAAUGGCCGGACAGGUCCACGGGAUAACGAUAGAUCACUGGACAGGGCGUAGGUCAAUCGCCGACACUGGACAGUUCGUGGUAACUCGCCAAUACAGGAUCGGGCAUAUGCAUCUAGAUGUAGGACAUGAUGUUGGUGGCUCUUUGAAACAGGACAGGGUCUUUUUUUAAUUGGGUGUCCGAACAGGACCACAGGACAUCGACAACUCACUGGACACAGGACAAGAUGUAGGCACUCGCCGACACAGGAUGGGGCGCUGGCAGUUUGGUACCGGACAGGACGUUGGUGGCUUGUGGGUACAGGACAUGACGUUGGUGGCUCGUGGGUACAGGGCAGGAGGUUUGUGGCGCGUGGGUACAGGGCAGGACGUUGGUGGCUCGUUGGUACAAGGCAGUACGUUGGUGGCUCGUGGGUACAGGACAGGACGUUGUAGGCUCGUUGGAAACAGAACAGGACGUUAGUGGCUCGUGGUUACAGGACAGGGCGUUGGUGGCUCGUGGGUACAUGACAUGACGUUGGUGGCUCGUGGGUACAGGACAGGAUGUUGGUGGCUCGUGGGUACAGUACAGUACGUUGGUGGCUCGUGUGAACAAGACAGAACGUUGAAGGCUUGUAGGUACAGGACAGGAAGUUGGUUGCUCGUGGGGACAGGGCAGGAAGUUGGUGGCGCGUGGGUGUAGGCAGGAAGUUGGUUGCUCGUGGAGACAGGGCAGGAAGUUGGUGGCUCGUGGGUGCAGGCAGGAAGUUGGUGGCUCGUGGGGACAGGGCAGGAAGUUGGUGGCUCGUGGGUGCAGGCAGGAAGUUGGUGGCUCGUGGGGACAGGGCAGGAAGUUGGUGGCUCGUGGGGACAGGGCAGGAAGUUGGUGGCUCGUGGGUGCAGGCAGGACGUUUUCAACAAGGGAUGUUGACCUCUCACUGGACACGUAGCUCACUACCAACAGGACGUAGAUAAAUCGAUUUAUGGAAGGACGUAGUUAUUUCACUGUAAAUUGAAAAGGACGUUGGAAACUUGAUGAAGGGUUGGGCUGGGUAAUUUGACUGGAACUGGACACUAGGCUGUUAUUUCACUAUCGACAUGAUGUAGAUAACUCGAUACAGGGAAAGUGGUAGUCAAUUCAUUGGAACUCAAAAGGACAUUGAUAACUUGAAUAAGGGCCAGGCGUAGUUAACCUGAUGCAGGGUAGGACAUAACCAGCUUGAAACAGGACGUAAGUAGUUAAUGGAGUCCCUGGCUUAUGUAACUCAUAAAAACUUGAUAAACGAUGGCAGCGAGGCUCUGACCAUAAAAUACGGGAUUAUGCUAUGAUGGCUGUUUACUUCACUAAAGUUGAAACAUAAGAACGUUCCUGUACUUUACCUCAAAGUAAGAAAAUGACGAGGUUUACCAAUCCCGAAUGAGAAGCCCGUAUGUCAACUCCUAAGUCUACUUGAAUUGAUUAAUUUGUCAAGCUCGUUCACCCGUUGAAAUCGUCAUACCAUUAUUACUAUCACUGAAUAAACUCAAGUCCUUUUCAUAAUAAUCAUAACUUUAAUAUCUAAAUAUGUAUUAUACGCAUACACUCAUGAAUAAAGCGCAGUUCACUAUCAGACAUAAAUAAUCCACAUUCCGCUUCUUAAUAGUUCAUAAAUACUUUUUAUACAACACUAGAACAUUGUGUUAAAUACUAUUUAUACAACACUAGAACAUUGUGUUAAAUACUAUUUAUACAACACUAGAACAUUGUGUUAAAUACUAUUUUUACAACAUUAUGCACGGUUAUUUGUAGAAAUUCAUUUUUGUUUAUUCUUUAAUAUGUUAUUGUCAGUUUGACAUUCAUCACUAAACAUCGCGGCUGUCCCAUUUGUCUUGACUGUGUUUCAUCCAGCAGUUCCAUAGAAUUAUAACCAGUUCAAACCAUUUUUUUUUUUUUUUGCUUGGCUAGCGAAGAUUUCUUCUUGCUCAGAGAGGAGAAUUUUGUUAACAUCAAGGCAUUAUUAUGGCAUUUCCCAGUACCUCGAUGUCGGGGUUACUCCGUUCCAAUAUUUAAUUCAUGAACUAAAGUACAUACAUAUUAAUAGAAGCUAUGUAGUUUUCUCUGGACUGGCUUAAAUGAUUUACUCUUUAUAGCCAAAGAGGAGCGUAUUGAAAAUACAUACCGGUGAAAAGCAACAUAUUUUAUUUCUGUAGUAAAUACCUUAUACUUCUAUAGUUCUAUAGAUCUAUGUUAGUUACGGUUGUAACAACAUCAACAUAAUAUCCAGAGGGGAAAACACAUGCUUUCAAUGUUUCCAACUGCACCAAUUAUCACACUUAAAUUUUAGGUAUUUAUUUACUACCACCAUUAAACAUUUGCUUGAAAACGAUUACUAUUUUUAUUUCAAUUUGUAUUGAAAACAAUAAAUUUACAUCCACAUUUAAAGUUUGCUUGAAAACCAAAUUGCUUCCAUUUUUAUUUUUAAACAAUGGAUUUCCUGCCGCUCACAAUGAUGCUUAAAAAAAAAAAUAAUGUUAUGAAACAAAAUGUUAAAUUUUCAUUCUUUGCCGUCCUUUUUAGAAAACUGCUUACAUUAACUUCACUAUUGUUCGUGUGUUUCUUACUUUCCUGCUGGCUGCGUGACAAAAUCUUCGGAUGGCUAAUUGACCCAUUUUCCAUCAACCUAUCAAGAUGAAACUUCAUCCCCUUUCCCAACUCCAAAAAAUUAGUUUUUCCUGCUUUUCAAGAGGGGGGGGGGGCGGUGGCAAUUAUUACACAAAAAUAAAAUUCCCGUUUACUAUGCUAAAUGUGACACCUAAAAAUAGCGUGAGUUCGUUUGGUGCGUACUCUUUGAUAUCAAUCUGCUGUGAAAAAGCAGGUGGAUCAUUAGAAUAUUAAUAUAAAAUAAAGUGAUACGAAUUGCAAAGAAAUCAUUUAUAUGCAGAAAAAAAACAACUUAGGUUUUUUGGUAUUUUUAAUUUCCCUCUCAUCUAAGGCAUCUCCUAACUGGCUCCUUAACAAUACAUCUCCUACCUGUUUCAUAGUCAAUAAACCUCCUACCUGGCUCAUAGUCAAUACACUUCCUACCUGACACAUUAUCAAUACACCUCCUACAUGGCUCAUAGUCAUGACACCUCCUCAUGGGCUCAUUAUCAAAACAGCUCCUACCUGGCUCAUAUCCAUUACAACUCCUACAUGGCUCAUUAUCAAUGCACCUCCUACCUGGCUCAUUAUCAAUAAACCUCCUACCUGGCUCAUAGUCAUUACACCUCCUACCUGGCUCAUUAUCAAUACACUUCCUACCUGGGUCAUAGUCAUUACACCUCCUACAUGUCACAUUAUCAAUACACCUCCUACAUGGCUCAUUAUCAAUACACCUCCUACCUGGCUCAUAGUCAUUACACCUCCUACCUGGCUCAUUAUCAAUACACUUCCUACCUGGUUCAUAGUCAUUACACCUCCUACCAGGCUCAUAGUCAUUGCACCUCCUAACUGGCCCAUUAUCAAUACACUUCCUAACUGGGUCAUAGUCAUUAAGCCUCCUACAUGGCUUGUCGUCAUUACACCUCUUUCCUAGCUCAUUUUCUAUACACCUCCUACCAGGCUCAUUAUCAAUACACAUCCUACAUUGCUCAUUAUCAAUACACCUUCUACCUGGCUCAUAGUCAUUACACAUCCUACCUGGCUCAUAGUCAUUACACCUCCUAAGUGGCUCAUUAUCAAUAUACCUCCUACCUUGAUCUUAGUCAUUACACCUCCUACCUGGCUCAUUAUCGAUUCACCUCCUACCUGGCUCAUUAUCAAUACACCUCCUACCUGGCUCAUGGACAUUACACCUCCUACCUGGCUCAUGGUCGAUUCAACAUUCGGUAUUUAUUUUGGCCCACCACUAGCGUAAAUUUUCUGAUUCCUCAUUUAAUCAAUUGCAUGCUUCAUUUCAUCAUUUCAGAAAUACUCUCUUAUGGACAGACAAGGACUGCAUAACGUCAACUGAAGGUGAUACCAGCGUAAGAUGUGUGUGCAGCCACUUGAGUGUCUUUAGUAUACUCAUGAGUCUUCACCCAGCAGUGAGUUUACUCUAAAAGUUUUAAUUUUAGACAAAAAAUAAGUGUCUAAAAUACUAUAUGUUAAACCAUCUUAGUUAGUGUCAAGUGAGUUUUACUUUAAAAGUUUCAAUUUGAGACAAAAAAUAAGUAUCUAAAAUACUAUAGGUUAAGCCAUCUUAUUAAGGGCCCCGAUGAGUCCUCAUGGAGCAGUGAGUUUUACUUUAAAAGUUUCAAUUUUAGACAAAAAAUACAUAAACAUUUUUGGUGUAUAUUUUAAAAGUGUUUACGUUCUGUCUCCAAAUGUGUAACAAGUUCCGAGGGGGGUGGGGGGGGGGGGCAACCUCCCACCCAUACACAUACACACACAUACUAACACACAUACAGCCGGGAAAUGAGAAUAAUAAUAAAAAAAAAAAAAAAGGCCUAAUAUAAAAAUAAAAAUAAAAAAAAAUAUUAAUAAAAAAAGGGGGGGGGGGGGGGGGGGGGGGGGGCAACCUCCCACCCAUACACAUACACACACAUACUAACACACAUACAGCCGGGAAAUGAGAAUAAUAAUAAAAAAAAAAAAUAAGGCCUCAUGUUACAAUGAACAUAAAAUAAUAUAUUUAUAAAAAAACAUUUCUGAGAUUUAUAGGAAAACAUUUCACUGACAUCAAUGACCACUGGAAUAAUGGUUAAUUAUAAAUGGAAUUUAUUUCCAAUAACCAAUGGAACAAUAGUUAAUUAUAAAUGGAAUUUAUUUCCAACAACUACUGGAACAAUAGUUAAUUAUCGAUGAAAUGUAUUUUCUAAUAACAUUUGGAAACAAAAGUUAAUUAUUACGAAAUGUAAUACUAGUAACCACUGGAAGAAUAACCCAUUAUAUUAGGAUGUAUUCAUUAUUAUGAAACAUUCCCAGUCUGAUGAUUAAAAUAUUUUCCCUGCAUUCAGCAUACGACAGACACCCGUCUUGUGAAAUUGACUAAAGUAGGACUCAGCAUUUCGGUGGUAUGUUUAUCCAUAGCACUGGGCGUCUUUGUCUAUGUAUUUAAGUAAGUUGAAUUUUAAUGUUUUUGUAUAUUUUUCAUACAGUGGUUACACACAAACAAUAAAUCUCUAUAACAGUGGGUUUCUUUUAAUUAAUGGAUAGACUAAGCAAUAUGGCCACAGUGGUCAAGUUGUGUGAUACCCACAGUGAGCCGGACGUCUGAUGGCCAAAGUAAGCCACAGUGGUCGUUCAGUUUGAUGGCCACAGGGAUCCAGCCAUGUGGUGGAAACAGAAGUCCAGCCGUUUGAUGGCCACACGAUGAUUGCCAAGGAGAGAGCAGACAAAGAAUUUGUACAGUUAUAGAAUAUUUUAUAAUACCUCACAUCUUGCAAAUUUAUCACAUAUAUAUUUAAAAGUAUGAAAAUGUGCUUGUGUAUUUGAUUUUUUGUUCCUUAUAAGAUUACACAGAUUGAUGGAUCUUGACCAAACUUGGCAUUAUACAAAGCGAAUUCCAGAAUCAAUUUUUUUAGGGGGAACAUUUUAAAAAAAUAUUUCGCAUUGGACCGGGGACCCUAAUUUCGUUUGUUUAUUUUAUAUUAGCUAUAUAAAUAAAAUUACCAUCUAAUACAGUGAACGAUAGUCAACUCAUAACACCCAUUCCUUUGGGGCCCAGACAAAAUUUUAUUUCCAUCUAUCUGCUAUCUAACAACUUAUAACACUAUAGAUUACAGGAAAAUUAAUAAAUCUAGGCAAAAGUUAGUGGCAAUACACUUGAUAAUCUAUAUUAAAAUAGCAUGAUAAAUUAUGUAUGUGGGCUAUAGAAUCAUCAAAGGUCUUAUGAAAAUAUCAUUGCUUAUGUGGACUAUAGAACCGUCAAAGUCCGUAUUAAAAUAACAUGAGAAAUUGUUCACAUGGGCUAUAGAACACUCAAAGUCUGUAUUAAAAUACCAUGGUAACUUGUUCAUAUGGGUUAUACAACACUCAAAGUCCGUAUUCAAAAAACAUGGUAAUGUUUUCAUGUGGGCUAUACAACCCUCAAAGUCAGAAUUUAAAUAACAUGGUAAAUUGUUCAUGUUGUCGACAGAAUCCUCAAAGUUCUUAUGAACAUACUAUUGUUUAUGUGGACUUUAGAACCCUCAAAGUCCGUCAAUUUUGAUUUUUUUUUUUUAAAUGUAUCCGCAUCUUACCGUAUUUGCAGCCCAUAUUUCCAUAUUUACAACUAAUUUAAUAUAAUUAUGUGAAUACAAGUGAAUUAAAAAAUAGUUUGCAUUUCAAAGAAAAUGUAAUUUAAUAAAUCGUUUCAAGUGUUAACAAUAUAAGUGUCUGAUGAAAAUCUGUCAUCUCCGGUGAUCUUCAGUUAGUAUUGUCCCAUCAACUUUUAUGAAGUUAAACACCACUUUCCAUUCAAAUUUUGUGAAGUUAAACACUACUUUGCCAUUAACUUUUACGAAGUGAAACAUUGCUGUCACAUCUAUCAAUAUGAAGUGAAAAAUUACAUUCAAAUCAACUGUUAUAAGAUUAGAGCACAACUUCCUAUACAACUCAUUAUGAAAAUAGAACACAACUAUCUUACGUACCAUUUUAGAGUUUUCCAGCAAUAAUCAUUAACAUUAGAUUUACUAAAUUCCCUUAACAUUUCGGCAAUUAAAUACAUCUUCAAAUAAAUACCCCUCCUUCAUAUGUUGGAAAUAUUCAACAAAAGCAACUUGAAUAAAAGAUGAGUUAAGUGCCCCUUGGAUAUAAUUGAGUUUUUAAGUUAAAGUGUACAGAUUGCUUGACGUGUGAAUUUUAAGUAAGUCAAAUUGUAAAGAUAGCUUGAUUUGUGAAAUGUAAGCAGGUCACAGUAUAAAAUCGCAAAUGAACAUGUCAACAUUGUUUUCCAAUUUAUUGUAUUGGAAAUUUGUUGUUUUCGUUUCUUGGAAAAUGAAAGAAAAAAUAAAGGGAAAGAAUAAAAAGUCAAAAUUAUAUUUAUUGUUUAAUCAUCUUAUGUAAAAAAUAAUUACUCAAACUUAAAGUGAACAAUUUUUUUCAGAUAUGAGAUUCAUUUAUAAUUAACCUGGGGAGAGGGGCCGAAAAAAAUAUUUACAAAUUAGGGGCUAUUGCAAGUCAUAAUCAAGCAAAAUUGCCUAUUCAAUUGAAAUAUGAAUUGCUCAUUUAUAAAAAUGUGUUGCUGAAUUUCCUGUAUGAUUUUAAAAUUAAUUAAUUCAAUGAAAAUGCGUACGAACUAUAAAUGAGUAUUUAAAGUUUAUUAUCAUCAAAAUAUUAUUUUCAUUACAAAUCCUUAAUAUCAUUCAAUGCCAUGUAUUUAAUCUUUUAGGUCGAUGAACGUUGACAAAGCAGUUAUACACAUCUGCUUAUGUUGCUCCUUGCUAAUCUCCUCUUUAAUUUUUUUACUCGGAAUAGAGGCUACAAACCACAAGGUGAAUUUAUUUAGAAAUUUUCUCAAAUAAGAUUGAAAUAUUGUUUUUGAAGAAUGUUUUCUUAAAACCCUGCAGUGACAUUGAGGAUAUUGAAAUAAUUUUUGCGGUAAUUUUGAGAAUAGAGAAGGUGUUUUUAUUAAAGUUGAUUUUGCAUUAAAUUUGAAAAUAUAGAAGUAGUGUAAACAAUGUCUUUGGGAAUAAUGAAUUUGACUUUGCAUUGAUUUUGAAAAAACUUUGAGUGGUGUUUGCAAUGACUUUAGGAACAUUGUAGUAGUACUUGCUGUGAAUUUUGGAAAAUUUAAGUAACGUUUGCAGUGAUUUUUUGGAAUAUUAGAAUAAGGUUUGCAAUGAAUUUGAGAAAAGUGAAGUAUAUUUUGAAGUAACUUAGAAAAUAAAGAAGUAGUGUAUGUAGUAACUUUGAAAAGUAAUAGUGUUUGUAGUGAUUUUUGGGAAGAGAGAAUUAGUGUGUGCUGUAUCUUCGAGAAUAGAGAAGUUGUUUUUGGAAUAAGUAGUAUGUUUGCAGUAAUUUUGAGAAUAGAGAUAAAGUUUUUGCCGUUUGAAAAUAGAGAAGUAAUUUUUCACACAGAGAAGUAUGUUAGUUAUUAUUUUUGGAAUAGCAAAUUAGAUUUUUUGCUGUGACUUUGGGAAUAAAGAAGUUGCUUUGCUGUGUCUUUGAGAAUAGAGAAGCUGCUUUGCAGUGACUUUGGGAAUAUUGAAUUAAGGUUUCAGUAAAUUUUGAAUAUCGAAGUAGUGCUUGCUGUGAUUUUGGGAAUAUGCAAAUAUAUUUUGGAGAUAAUUUGGGAGUAGAGAAAUAGUAAUAGCAGCAACUUUUGAAAAAUUGAAGUAGUGUAUUUCAUGAGUUUAGAAAUAUUGAAGUAGUUAAUGCAGUGACUCGGAAUAUUGUUGAAGCGUGUGCAAAGACUUUGGGAAUGUUCACAUAGUGUUUAUAAUAAGAUUUGAAAUAUUGAUAAAUAAAUGUUUAUCGUUUAGACAGCAGCAUAGUAUACCAUGGUGUAAAUGUUUAGUAUUUACACAUCAGCAUAGUAUACUAUUGUAUAAAUGUUUAUGGUUUAGACAUCAGCAUAGCAUGCCAUGGUAUUCAUGUUUAGUAUUGAGGCAUCAGCAUAGAAUACUAUGGUAUAAAUGUUUAUGGUUUAGACAUCAGCAUAGUAUGCCAUGGUAUAAAUGUUUAUGGUUUAGACAUCAGCAUAGUAUACCAUGGUAUAAAUGUUUUCAUUUAGACAUCAGCAUAGUAUACUAUGGUAUAAAUGUUUAUGGUUUAGACAUCAGCAUAGAAUACUAUAGUAUAAACGUUUAUGGUUUAGACACCAGCAUAGUAUGCCAUGGAAUACAUAUUUAGUAUUUAGACAUCAGCAUAGUAUACUAUGGUAUAAAUGUUUAUGGUUUAGACAUCAGCAUAGUAUGCCAUGGUAUACAUGUUUAGUAUUUAGACAACAUCAUAGUUUCUUAUGGUAUAAAUGUUUAUGGUUUAGACAUCAGUAUAGUAUGCAAUGGUAUACAUGUUUAGUAUUUAGACAUCAGCAUAUUAUACUAUGGUAUAAAUGUUUAUGGUUUAGACAUCAGCAUAGUAUGCAAUGGUAUACAUGUUUAGUAUUUAGACAUCAGCAUAUUAUACUAUGGUAUAAAUGUUUAUGGUUUAGACAUCAGCAUAGUAUACAAUGGUAUACAUGUUUAGUAUUUAGACAUCAGCAUAUUAUACUAUGGUAUAAAUGUUUAUGGUUUAGACAUCAGCAUAGUAUACCAUGGAAUAAAUUUUUUAUGGUUUAGACAUCAGCAUAGUAUACUAUGGUAUAAAUGUUUAUGGUUUAGACAUCAACCUUGUAUACUAAGGUAUACAUGUUUAUGGUUUAGACACCAGCAUAGUAUGCAAUGGUAUACAUGUUUAGUAUUUAGACAUCAGAAUAGUAUACUAUGGUAUAAAUGUUUAUGGUUUAGACAUCAGUAUAGUAUGCCAUGGUAUACAUGUUUAGUAUUUAGAAUCAGCAUAGUAUACUAUGGUAUAAAUGUUUAUGGUUUAGACAUCAGCAUAGUAUGCCAUAGUAUAAAUGUUUAUGGUUUAGACAUCAGCAUAGUAUACCAUGGUAUAAAUGUUUUCAUUUAGACAUCAGCAUAGUAUACUAUGGUAUAAAUGUUUAUGGUUUAGACAUCAGCAUAGUAUGCCAUGGUAUACAUGUUUAGUAUUUAGACAACAUCAUAGUUUCUUAUGGUAUAAAUGUUUAUGGUUUAGACAUCAGUAUAGUAUGCAAUGGUAUACAUGUUUAGUAUUUAGACAUCAGCAUAUUAUACUAUGGUAUAAAUGUUUAUGGUUUAGACAUCAGCAUAGUAUGCAAUGGUAUACAUGUUUAGUAUUUAGACAUCAGCAUAUUAUACUAUGGUAUAAAUGUUUAUGGUUUAGACAUCAGCAUAGUAUACAAUGGUAUACAUGUUUAGUAUUUAGACAUCAGCAUAUUAUACUAUGGUAUAAAUGUUUAUGGUUUAGACAUCAGCAUAGUAUACCAUGGAAUAAAUUUUUUAUGGUUUAGACAUCAGCAUAGUAUACUAUGGUAUAAAUGUUUAUGGUUUAGACAUCAACCUUGUAUACUAAGGUAUACAUGUUUAUGGUUUAGACACCAGCAUAGUAUGCAAUGGUAUACAUGUUUAGUAUUUAGACAUCAGAAUAGUAUACUAUGGUAUAAAUGUUUAUGGUUUAGACAUCAGUAUAGUAUGCCAUGGUAUACAUGUUUAGUAUUUAGAAUCAGCAUAGUAUACUAUGGUAUAAAUGUUUAUGGUUUAGACAUCAGCAUAGUAUGCCAUGGUAUAAAUGUUUAUGGUUUAGACAUCAGCAUAGUAUACCAUGGUAUAAAUGUUUUGAUUUAGACAUCAGCAUAGUAUACUAUGGUAUAAAUGUUUAUGGUUUAGACAUCAGUAUAGUAUACCAUGGUAUAAAUGUUUUGAUUUAUACAUCAGUAUAAGUUUUGGGCGGAUAUUUUUUUUUAAAAUUAUUUGUUUUUAAUUGUAAUUUGAAUAUUCUGAUAGUUGCUGUGCAAAGCUGUAGCUGCAUCUCUACAAUACUUUUUGCUUGCUGCUCAAUUCAGUAUGAUGGCUGAAGGAUUUCAGCUCUUAAGUUUGAUUAUUUUUCCAUUCAGAACAAAAAGCAAUUGGACAUUUCUGGUGCCGGUCAUUUUUGGUAAGUAAAAUACCGUGAAUUUGGACAUGCGCAAAUGUUUUGUAAAAAGAGCAUAAUCAAUUAUUAGUACAGUUCUUUGGUAAAGGAGUUUCAUAUGUUAGAAAACAUGAUCUAAAGCUCAUUAAAUAGUUUAUCAUCUAUUAGAACAUAUAUCUUAAUGGCUGGUAAUUAGAUUAUCAUACCUUAGGACAUAUAUCCCAAUGGUUUGUAAAUAGAGUAUCAUGUAUUAGACCAUAUAUAAACGGUUGUUAAGUGGAGCUGCAUGCAUUAGAGCAUGUCAAUCGUCGUAAGUAGAAUGCUUGCAUAAUGACAUGUGCCAAUGUUUAAUAAGUAUGUACUAAAGAAAUGCAACAGGUACCAAUGGUUUGUAAGUCAAUGGUCAUGAGUUCAUUACGUACCAAUCUGUUUUUUUAAAAAUGUAAUAUCUUCUCUUAAGAUUUGGCUCAAUAAAUUAGAAAAAAAAUAUUUGCAAUGUAAACGAUGCUAGACCUAGUGUUUAUAAAAAUAUUAUAUUUAUAUACAAUCUACAUUUUCUAUAACAUAGAAAACUAGAAAUUCAAAAAUAUGAUGUUACUGGACAUAAGCGCUGUGAGUCUGCAAAAACUGCUUCCCCUCCUGAGGGCCUAGUUUGCAUCACAUGACCCCUUUUCCCAAGGAGUCUUUCGGUUGGGAAUUAGGUAUUAAGACGGGUCUUUAGCUUAAGGUUGUCGAUUCCACCCUAAUAGUGUGCCACGCCCCGUACAGUCAAAACUCUUGUGAGAACCACCAACUUUCAAUGGUAGCUCUCUGCUUCACGCAGACAUGCUCCACUGUACUACAUUACUCUACUCUACAAUAUGGAGGCUAUAUAAACGUCAGUUAAUAUUUAAGUACAUGUUGACACACUUUUGUCUGAUGUGAAGUCAUUAUGACAUUUUGAUGGCUCUAUCUAUGUGUAAAUAAUUGUUUCAUUUUCCCCCAUUUAAGGAACACCCUUGCUGGUUCUCAUUAUCUCAAUGGCUGUUGCAAGCGAUGGAUUUGGGACCUCAGAAGUGUGAGUAGAUUCUGUGUUGCGAUAAGAUCCCUCCUUUUUGUUACAUUUAAAAGGUCUUCAAGAAUGACUUAUCAAUUAAACUAUUGAUAUUUUAACUAUCAAGGUUCAGAUUUUUGUAUUUUUAACCCAUCCCCCAACCAAAUUUUUGCAGAAGUCUCUCCUACCACUACAAAAGUAACAAUGUAUUUUCUUUAAAAUCCGAAAAAGAAAAAAAGCACGUAAUUAUUUGAAGAGUUUAAGGGGGAAAGAAAACAGUGAUGUCAGUUUUUUGAAAUUUUGUUUAGAUCUAAUUAUUGUAAACAAAGGAGAUUGGCGAACUUAUAAAAUUUGACUUGCUACUUAUUAUACCAAGUAAAAUGUUAAGGAAUAAAUCGAAAAUAAAAAAAAAUAAAAAAAAUCAAUAGACAUUUAUAUCAAAAAUUAAAAGUCAAUGAGGAAAAAGGGUGGGACAAGAGACGCUGAUGCUGUAUCCUAGAUGUUGUAUCCAAGAUGUUGUGUUUGAGAAAACUGCAAGAGGAAUGAGUUGGAACUAAGUUUUAAUUUUUUGUUUGGGGUGCAAUGUAGCUUUUAAGUACAUCCAUCAAGUUAUUAUAUCACCAAUAUUAAAGCCGAGGCAGUCGCCUGUAUCAUUUAUACCUAAUGCUAGAGCAGCCACCUGUAUCAACAAAAUCUACAGCUGAGGCUCUCACCUGUAUCACCUAUAAUUAAAGCUGGGGCAGCCACCUGUAUCAACAAAAUCUACAGCGGAGGCUCUCACCUGUAUCACCUAUAAUUAAAGCUGGGGCAGCCACCUGUAGCAAGAAAAUCUACAGCCGAGGCUGUCGCCUGUAUCACCUUUACUUAAAGCCGACACUGACCCCUACAUUGUCGGCACUGAUACCUAAAAUAAUAACUUAAUUCCGAUUAUCAACUUCUUAUAUUUUAUAGAUGUCAUUUUAUUGACAUAGAUAACGGCCAUCUUAUAAAGAUGUCACUUUAUUACCAUAGAUUGUUUUAAUUUUAUAAAGGUAACUAUUUAUAACAAUACAUUGUUAUUAUCUUAUAAAGUUUUUCAAUAGAUAAGAUGACCAAUAUUACAAUGUAAUGUAAUAUUAUUUAGAGGGAUCAUCUUACAUAGAUGUCACUUUACCACUGUCGAUAUAGGCCACAUCAUAAGUUGUAAAUCUAAACCUAAUACAGUUGCCAUCUUAAAAGUUUUCCAAAUAAUACCUAAAAAGUGUGGUCAUCUUAUAAGUUGUCAUCUUAAUACUUAAUGCUGUGGUCACCUUAUCAGUUGUCUAUGUAAUACCUAAUACAGAUGACAUGUUAUGAGUUGUCAAUGUAAUACCUAAUACAGUGGUAAACUUAUAAGUGUCAAUGAUAUACCUAAUAGAGUGGUAAUCUUAUAAGAUGUCAAAGUUAUACCUUAUACAGUGGCCAUCUUAAAAAAUGUCAAAGUAAUACCUAAUGCAAUGGUCUUUUAAUAAGUUAACAACGUAAUACCUAAAACAAUGGUCAUCUUACAAAUUGUCAAUGUAAUACCUAACAAAGUAGUUAUAUUAUAAGUAGUCAAUGUAAUACCUAAUAAAUUGGAAAUCUUCAAAGUUAUCAAUUUAAUAUCAAAUAGCAAUGUCUUCAAAUAAAUAUAAUACCUACUUCAGUGGUUAUCUUAUAAGUUGUCAAUGCAAUACCUAAUAGAGUGGUCAUCUUAUAAGUUGUCAAUAUAAUAUCUAAUAGGAUGGUAAUAUUACAAAUAGUCAAUAUAAAAUCAAAUACAACAGUAUUAUUAUUGGUUGUCAAUGCAAAAACUUAUUCAGUGGUUAUCUUAUAAGUUGUUAAUUUUAUCCUUGUAAAGUUGUCAUCUUAUAAGCUGUCAAGGUAAUAUUUAUACCAUGGUUAUCUUAUAAGUUAUCAAUGAAAUACCUAAAUUAGUGGUCAUGUUAUAAUGUGUCAAUGUAAUACUUAAAACAGUUGCCAUGUUAUAAGGUUGUCAAUUUAAUAUCUAAUGCAUUGGCCUUCAAAAAGUAUUUGUCAGUUUUAUACAUUAUACAGAAAUUAUUUUAUAGGUUGUCAAUGUUAUAACUAAUGAAGUGUUCUUUAAAUAAGUUGCAAAUGUAAUACCUAAUGUAGUGGUCAGCAAAUAUAUUGUCAAAGUAAUAACUAAUACAGAUGCCAAGUUAUAAGUUUCAAUGUAAUAUAUAAUACAAUGGUCUUCAAGUUAGUUGUCAAUAUAAAUCUUAAUGCAGUAGUCUUUAAAUAAGUUGUGAAUGUAAUACCGUAAACAAUGGUACUGAUGCGCAGUUGUAAGUUGUCAAUGUAAUAUCUAAUGCAGUGUUGUUUAAAUAAGUUUUCAAUUAAAAACCUUAAACAUUGAUUAUCCUACAAGGUGUCAAUGUAAUACAUAAUGCAAUAGUUAUCUUAUAAUUUGUUAAUGUAAUACCUAAUACAGUGGUCAUCUUAUAAGUUGUCAAUUUAAUACCUAAUACAGUAGCCAUGUUUUAAGUCGUCAAUUAUUACCUAAUACAGUGGUCAGCGUACAGGUCGUAAAUGUAAUACAUAAUAAAGUGGUUAUCUUAUAAGUUGUCAAUGUAAUACCUAAUGAAGUAGACUUCAAAAAUUGUGUCAUUGUAAUACCUAAUGCAGUAGUCUUUAAAUGAAUUGUCAAAGUAAUUACUAAUGCAGUAGUCUUCAAAUAAGUUUUCAAUGUAAUACUUAAUUCAAUGGUCAUCUAAUAAAUUGUCAAUGUAAUACAGUGGUUUUCUUUAAAGUUCUCAAUGUCGAACCUAACAAAGUGGUCAUCUUAUAAUUUGUCAAUUUAAUACCUAAUACAGUAGUCAUAUUAUAAGUUGUAUAUUUAAUACCUAAUGAAGUGAUCUUUUAAAAGUUAGUCGAUGUAACAUCUAAGGCAUUGGUCUUCAAAUAAUUUGUCAAUGUAAUUCCUAAUGCAGGGGUUAUCUUAUAAGUUGAAAAUGUAAUACCUAAAGAAGUGGUCUUCAAAAAAGUUGUCAUUUAGUACCUAAUGCAAUGGUAUUCAAAAAGUUUAUGAAUGUAAUACCUAAUUCAGUGGUCUUCAAAUAAGUUGCCAAUGCAAAACCUAAUACAAUGUUCAUCUUAUAAGUUGCCAAUUUAAUACUUAAAUUCAGUGGUCUUCAAAUAAUGUGUACAUGUAAUAACUACUAUAGUGGCUAUCUUAUAAGUUCUCAAUGUCAUACAACAGACAGCAGUCAUUUUAUAUUGAUCUCAAUUGAGUAGUUACCAUCAUUACAUGCAUUUUAUAGAUUUCUCCAUGUUAAAAUAGUUGUUUUUUUUCACUCUCCAUUUCAGAUGCUGGAUAGCUAAUGAUAAAGGUCUUAAAUGGGCGUUUGUAGGACCUGUGAUAGGUGUUGUAUCGGUAGGUUCUUUCAAAUUUGUUAUUUAUUAUGAUUUUAAAAGACACACAAAGCCGCUUGUAGUAAAUAUGUGAAGAGCAAUGUUAAGACGAGAUUUAAGAAGCGUGUUUGAUUAUUUUCUUUUUUGUAAUAACAUUCUAUGCAAUGUAAGCAAUAUUAUUUUCUAUUAAAGAAAUAAGCUUGCCUAUAAAAAUAACUUUUAAAAUCUAUAGCUGUAGAUAAUUGUUUCGUUCACAUUUUACAUAAACUUAAUUUACAAUCACUUUUUUUUGUCAUCAAAAUUUUACAGUUCAACGCGAUAGUAUUAUUAAUAGUGCUUAAAACAAUUGUUGGAAUGGAUAAAGUGAGGGCAGCGGAUACCAAAGCAAAGAUUAAGUGA